AUGGACGAUUGGUUGAUUGCAUGUUUGUUUCCCUCCCCCCCUCCUCCCUUCCCUGGCUUCGCUUUUUCUAAUAGGUGGAAUGGGUUGCCGGUUGUUAGAUUGCGCAAGUGUAACCAUGCCUUCUGCGCGGAGUGUGUUCGGGGAAAGAUGACGACCCGUGAGGGGAUUGUUUGCGCGUUUUGUGGAAGGGUUGCAGAAUUGCUGGUUGGGAUUUCGGCGCCCAUGAGCAUGCCCGGUGAGGACGAUGUAGUGUUGACUAAUGUUGUAGUUUUGCAGGAGAGUAAGGUUGUGGAGAUAGGUUGAGUUGGGUUUAUUGGAGCGGUAUGAUAUAUUGGCAUCACAUGGAAGUAGGGUUAUCAUUUUGCACGGCAAUAAAAAAAAAAGGUUGAUAUCAUACUUAGAAAGGAACUCGGGAUGAUAUUGAGUCUGUAAGGGCACCGGUCGAGCUUGUGAAUAAUAGUUCUGGGGAAAAUACCUGUACUCAAGUCGCCAUCCAACUAUUUCCUUCGGAAAAAUGUGGUUGCUGCUUGGCUCCGGCUCACUACAGACUUAAUCCCACCCCGAGAGUCUUUGGGUGGAAUACAAGUACGGGAUAAACAGUUUGUCCGAAAAGUCCUCAAAUAAUACACCAUGUUUCCUUGUCAUAGAUAACAAA